AUGAGGCGGGAGAAAAGGGAGAGAGCGGCGGAUGAAGCCGCGGAGAGGGCCGCGAGCGAGAAGAUGGAGGGGGCGCUUGCGGACCCCACGGCGCAGGAGGUGGAGCCGGGCCCGGAAGAGUCCGACGGGGAGGAGUCGCGGCUGGAGCGCAUGGAGGAUGCGUGCUCCAACUACAGGGCCGGCCUGGAGGGCGAACUAAGUUCGGCCUUUAGGAAGGUCGAGGGGCUGAACAGCUUCGAGCUGGCGGAGUCGGCGCUGGCGUUCGUGGAGGAAUACUCCAGGCUCGCUCGACGCCUCAUCGUUGGGGAGAACGUGGAGCGGAGGAGGGCCGCCCUCUCUGGAGCAACAGAGAGGGUUCUGGCCACGGUGUACCUCCUGUGGGAACAGGAGUACACCUCCGCACGGCUCGCGGAGGACCUGGAGGAGAAGAUGGAGGGGAUGGUGAAGAAGCGCCCCCCUCCAAAAAGGCGAUCUGGGUGGACGCAGACCGCCCGGAAGACGCGGGAGAGGGCUACCUCUCCCGCGUGGUUAUACCCCCCGAGGGUGGUGGCGUGGAAGGCGUCUACGCAGACGCCCCCCCUGCGGGGGAGGCGGGAGAGGGCGACCUCUCCUGUAAAGAUGGAGGCUCCGGGGGAGGCGGUGUCCACGCAGACGCCCCUCCCCCGGGAGACUUGGGAGAGGGCGACCUCUCCCGAGAGAGUGACGGGCGAAGAUCAGGCCUGUCAGACGGAGGGGGGGGUGUUAGGAACCUCCCCCCCGCUGGAGGAGGUGAAGUCGGCGGCCCCCCUGGCGUGGCCGGAUGGCCUCAGGGAAGAGGUCAUUCGGCUGGCCGGGGAGGCCGCCGACAGGAGAUGUAGGUUCCUGCUGGGGAUCCCCUCCAAGGAGGAGACCCCAAAGCAGCGGGAUGGUGAUAGCGGGGGGGAGGGGGAUGGGGAGUCCAGCUCCUGCUCCUCCCCCGUCCCCGCGCAGCCCCGUGAGGGGAAAAGAGGGGGGAGUGGGGGGCAGGCGGGGGUUGGUGUGUCGGGGGGGCGUGAUGGGCGAGGAGUCGCCCAACGGCGCGCACGGUCCCGCGCACCGGCCACCGCGGCCGUCUCACUCCUCGUCCCAGAGGGGGACAAGAGAGGGGCGACGUACGCCGCCGUUCUCCGGGCUGCAAAGGAGAAAGUUUCUCUGGAGGGCCUGGGGAUCGGCGGCAUGACGUGCCGUGGGGCGGCCAACGGGGGUCUCCUGUUGGAGAUCCCCGGGGCGGGCAGGCAGGCCAAGGCGGACGACUUGGCCUGCCGGCUCCGGGUCGCCCUGGAGGAUAUGGGGGUUCGGGUCGCCCGGCCCGGGAAGUUCGCGUCGCUGCGACUGACCGGGCUGGACGACUCGACAACGGAGGAGAUGGCCAAGUUGGACAUCUCCCGAGAGGGGGGCUGCGGGGCGGGGGAGGUGGGCGUGAGCAAGAUCACGCGACACCCCUCUUCCGCCCGGCAGAGAGGCACCGCAUGGGUGCGGUGCCCGGCGAGGGUCGCGCACGUAAUUGCGCGCACCGGCGCAGUGAGGGUCGGGUUCGCGUGGGCGAGAGCGAAACUCGCGGUGCGACCCGGCCCUCAGCGGUGCUACCGGUGCCUGGUUGUGGGGCACACCCGGGCGGAAUGCACCGCGGAGAGGGACCGCAGCGGUAGAUGCUACCGCUGCGGUCAGGAGGGGCAUGAGGUGGGGGAGUGCCGGGGGAGGGUACCCAAAUGUCCGCUGUGUUCGGACUUGGGGAUCCCCUCCCGGCACACCCUGGGAGAGAGUGGGUGCUGGCAGGCACCACGAGGCUGUGGCGGGAGG